CUGUCCAGCCUUCGAGCUUCUCCCACCUUCCAUCUCCUCCUGCUCGUCUUGCUUCGGAAGCUGUAGCUGCUAUGGUGGCGGUGCGCAGGCCUUGGCCCGUCAUGGUCGCAAUGCUGCUAAUCCUGCUCGCCUGUCUGGGAGCCCUGGUGGACGCCUACCCCGCCAAACCAGAGGCUCCCGGCGAAGACGCCUCCCCGGAGGAGCUGAGCCGCUACUACGCCUCCCUGCGCCACUACCUCAACCUGGUCACCCGGCAGCGGUAUGGGAAAAGAGAUGUCCCCGCAGCUCUGUUCUCCAAACUGCUCUUCACAGACGACAGCGACAGCGAGAACCUCCCCUUCAGGUCUCGGCCAGAAGAUUUGGACCAGUGGUGAAUACUCCCCCAAGGCCUCCUGCGAGAUGUGCUAACUACACCGACUUCACUUGCAUGUUUGGUUUAAGAAGAGGGCACUUCAUAUCUCGGUGUCUCGGACACCCAGACUGGAGGGCUGUGUGUGUUCAUUUCCCUGUCCCUAAAUAAAAAGCAAAUUUCGCACAAAA